UUUACAGAACCUGUAGACCCUAUUCUCGUAUCCGACUAUUCGACUGUGAUCAAAAAUCCAAUGGACUUUUCCACUAUGCGAGCUAAAGUUGAGCGGAAUUUUUAUCCCAACAUUGACGAAUUUCUCAAGGAUUUCCAGCUGGUCUGCGAUAAUGCUCGGCUCUAUAAUGCGAAGGACACACUCUACUGGAAACAGGCGGACAAGUUA